AUGGAAUUCGCGAGUCUUCAGUCUGCCGUGUUGCCUCGAUUCACGAUACAGCCAGAAGGAGUGAGCGAGAUGGCUCCAAGCUUACCCACAGCCAAAGCAGAGCGAGAAAAGAAGCUGAGGUCGACGCUGGCAUUCGCCUCCGCUUUAUCUAAGCGUCUCGAAAGCGAUGUGGAUGCUUCAAUCAUCACUGAGCUCAGCGCUCAGAUCCGCGGGCUACCGCUGCCGGCGUCAUCGGCGACCAGUGCAAAGCAAGACGAACUGGAUAGGCUAGGCACCGAGCUCUGGAAUCUGUCGACACGUCUACGACGCGAUAUGACCAGCGCUGGUGGUGUAUCCAACGGGGAUGGAUCUCAAAGGAAUCGCGCUCUGUGUCUGCUCAGAACCUUCUCUUUCCUACUCCUCGACUCUGCUGGUGGUUCGUGCUCGAAAACUCGUUCACACAAAAACUACAUCCGUCUUAUGAAGAUUGCGCUCAAGGCGGCCAAGGUGUGCAUAGAGAGCAACGAGCUCCGCGAUGCAACAAAGAUCUUGGAGCGGGCUGCAGAGUAUCAGGAUGUAUUGGGUAAGGAAGAUCAGGCUGGAGAGCCCGAAGCAGCCACAGUUGCGAACAGCUUGCGAGUCGAGUACUUCGCAGUACGGAUGACUCUGGCAUGGCGUCAAGAUCGCAUGGACACAGCAGAGCAUAUGUUCGCCAAGUGUAGCCAACUGAAGGCUGCCCUUGCAUGCAACACGGCUGAAGUCCUGGCAGACCUCAUGUACGAGAUUGGGAAGGAUGCUCUGACAAAGCGGAUUUAUGAAGUCGCCGUGCGAUGGUUGGGCCGCACGUAUGAUAUUUUGGGCGAGCAGGAGACUGACAGGCUCGGCCCGGAGAUAAGUGAACUGCGGCUGAGUACAAUGCAGAGUAUUGUUCAGGCGUACAUGAAGAUGAAGACACCCGAUGCACAAGACAAAGCCUGGGACAUGGUAAAGCUAAUGGAAACAGAUUUUGGCGACAAAAUGAUAGUGUCGCUACUGAAGAUCGAACUACUCUCCGUGGCGGAGACCAUGAACACGGCAGAAUUUUACAAUGUCCUUCUACGGAUGAUUCGCACCAUUGUAUUGAACGACACUAACUUCAAGACUCUGAUGCACCAUAUCCAUAAGCUGAAAGACCAUAGUAGUACUACAGCAUGUAAAGCCCUCGACGACUUGUUGGAAAUCAGACUUCUCCGCGAAGAGAAUCAGACAUGGAUCGAAAAAGUGGUCAUUACACGCAUCUGGAUAAGUACAAACAAUUCAUCCAUGGAGAGCCCCCUUGAACAAGUUCAAGAAAUGCUCGAUAGUGUGGGACAAAGCUCAAUAGAGUCGUUAUCUGCCCCAGCAACUCACGCAGCGCAAACUCUUCUUUGGAAACGGGUAGAGGCUACAUUUGGGCAGAAAAAUUACACUAUCGCGGAGGCUUGGUGUCGCAUGUGCCUCCAUUCAGUAUUCCAGAAAGCUGGUGUUCAGAACAAAGCAAAGGUCGCGAGAAAGCUCAUCCAAUGUGCUUCAAUGCGGCAAGAUUGGGUUGCCGCUAGAGCGGCUCACUCCACUAUGCCCGAGACUGGAAAAGAUGAACCUGUCACUCGAUAUCUAAUGUACAAGGUAGGAGUUCAGAGCGGUGAUUUCGACCUUGCUGCGCAAUGCUUGGACCAUGUCUGUCGGAGUUCCGCGAAAGAUGCAACGCUUCUCUACGCUUGUGUGAUGGAGGCUCAAAGUGCUGGGGACAAGCGACAGGCUAUUAGCGCUCUUGAACGGGUACUUGAAAAGUACGACUAUAGCGCUCCGGCAGGGAUCCAUCUCCCAGCCCUCCUGAGGUGUACCGCAAGACUACUUCAGUCAGAGUUGCUCAAUGAUGGUAAGAUCGAUUCUGGGCUCAUGUUACAACUCUGUGCUGUCUUUGACGGAGCAUCUUCCCAAGCCAAAGCCUCACGAAGGAGACCUAGCACGCCUGCUCAGCAACUAUUCACUGUAGAAGAGUUCGAGUGGUUCUCAAAAAACGCCUACAACCUCGCGCUUAAGUACUGUGCGGAAAUGGCUCCAAAGGACUUGGUCCGGUUACUGAGCACUUGCACUGAGUAUCAAUACUACACUGAGGUGCGCAGUCAUAGUCAGGAUUUUCGGAGCGCGGCUGCUGAAGGGAUCGAUAAGCUGGGAGGUUCUGCGCAGGCCGACAUCAUCUCAAAGCAUUUCCAAAUCGUCAAACUGGAACUAGAAGCCGUCUUGAAGCUGGAGAAGUGGGACGAGCUUGAUGACCUGUUUGACCAGUGCUGGAAGUACAAGAGUCCGGAUCGCUAUGAGACAUUGGCAGACCUGGUACUGGUGAUUCACUCAAGCAUGGUCAAGGUGGACUUGGAUCAUAAAUACCGAAGCAAGAUGUUGUUGGUCUUGCAGAAGAUCAUCAAUUUGACAUGUCGCCAACGGAACAGCGACAUGACGAAGCUUUCCAGAUGGAUUCGAUGCUUGUUCAGCCUCUCGCUUGAUCAUGACGAGACCAUGAGUAUCAAGUGUAUCCAGCAGGUCACUCAGAUGGCUGCGACGAGACAAGGCAUCGUGCAUUCAAAGCUUGCCAUGUUUGCACUUGCCACUCCCCCGCUAUCCUCAAGUCCAAUGCCAGCCGUAGAUCUUUUGGAAUCGGCUGACGGUGGUUCGAAGGAAUCUGAUCGCUAUCCCAAGGACGAACUCGCAUGGCUUGCCACUACCACAUAUAACCGCGCUGUCGAUUACUAUGUCCAAGAAAAUGACGCCAAAGCCAAGGAGUGGGCAGAGAAGUCUUUUAUGCUCGCACAAUGGCUCGAGGAUGAUGGGGCGCUGAGAGACCUGCUCAUGGAGAAGUUCUCAACGUUGGAAUUCGAUAAAACUUGA